UGUUUUUGUGUUUGUUGUUGAACUCUUAACAUUUUGCUUUAAUCCUAUUUUAUUAUUAUUUAAUUUGAUUUGAUAAUCAAAUGCGUGAUGGUUGGUAUUCGAUGGACAGAAAAUUGAUUGUUCGAAAUGAUGAAUAAUAAUAAUCAUAAUAGUGAUAAUAGUCAUAAUAAUAAUAAUGAUAAUGAUGCUCAUAAUAAACAUAAUAAAUCGAACGAAUCAUCAUCAUCUUCAUCGAUAUAUUCAUCACCGAUAAAUACACCGAUAAAUCCACCACAACCACCACACACAACAACAACAACCGCCACCGGAUGAUCAGAUAAAUUCCGAUUAUGAAGAAUUAAUUGCACAAACAAAACAACGAAUGGCCAUAAAAUUCGAAUGUUUGGAAAAAGAAACUGGAUUAUCAUUAUCAAUAGGUCGAAAUAGUUUACAAAAACAAUCAAACAUUAACAAUGGUGAUGUGGUUGGUAAUAAUUAUCGAUUAAAACAAUCGGAACAAUUAUUUUUAUCCAAUGAAUGUCAACGGUUAAAAGAAGAACUACGAUUAAAGAAUGAAAUUAUCGAUAAAAUGUAUCAAAUACGAAUACAGGUUGAUAGUGAAUUAGAAGAUCUGACCGCAUCAUUGUUUGAAGAAGCGAAUAAAAUGGUCUAUUCAGCCAAUGUUCUAAGAGAUCGUGCUGAAAAAGAAUUACAUGAAGCAAAUCUAAAAAUUGAUAUGCUUACAGCCGAAGUUCAGGCAUUAAAAUUAUUGGUAAUAACAUCGACACCAUCGAAACCGAAUGCACAUCUUCAUCCACAGCUCAAUUGUUCGAAUUCAUCAUCAUCAUCAUCAUCAUCAACAAUGAUGGCAUCGACUUUACCAUCAUCAGGUAGUCAUCAUCAUAGACAAAAUCAAAAAUCGAACAACAACAACAGUGAUAACAAUUCAAAAUCACCAAAACAAAAACGUUCUAUGCCUAUGAAAUCACCAAGUAAUUAUGAAUUGACAAGUAAUUCAAAAUCCACAGAACAAAUAAUGAUGAUGGUGAACAAAUUACCAGCCAUUGAUGAUGAAAAUGAUUUUGAUGAUCAAAUUGAUGAUGGUAUUACUGAAAUUGAUCCAGUUUUAUAUGAAGAAUUUCAAGAAUGGCGUAAAUGUCCUACACUUGAACCAAUAUGUUCGAAUUUUAUGAAACGUAUCUAUGAUGAAGAAAUUUAUCCGGUAUUUAAUUUUAAAAAUAAAAAUCUUACAUCAUUGGUUCUUCGUUCGAUUGAAUCAAAUACAUUGACAGUGGAAAUGAUUGGUGCCACCAAUGCUGCCACUAAUGCUGCUGCUGCUGUUGCUAAUUGUAAUGAUCAAAAAUUACCAUUUCCAAAGAAAUGUGCACUAUUAGAAGUGCCUCGUAUAUGUCGAUAUCGUAUGAGAAUCGAUUCAAAUGUCAAUACACCAACAACAACAAAAACAACAACAAAUAAUGGCCAUAAUCAAUGGUAUUUUAUAUCACAAUUAUGUCGUAAUCGAAUUACUACUGUCUGUGAUUUAUUCUGUUAUUUACGUUAUGUACAACAAGGACUAGUCAAAAGUAAUAUAAAAGAUAUUUAUUGGCAAAUAAUGAAACGACGUCGUAAUAUAGCCCAAUCUAAAUUAGGUUUUACACCAUCCAUUAAUGCAUUUGAAUUCAAUGGAAAUUGAAAUGAAGACAUGCCAUUAAUAUUUCCGUUGUUUGUUCCUUAUUUGUUGGCCAUUUUAACCAAAGAAGAUAACAAACAAUUUAUUAUAGCUCAAUGAAAGAUCUCAAUUUAUGUAAGCAAACAAACAAACAAAAAAAGAAAAGAAAAUGGUCCAAUUAUAUAUUUAUUAAUUCAAA